GUCCUGUUGGUACACAGUAUAGUGGCGCUUUAGUUGUCCCCUACUUUUUCAAGAAGGACUUAUGACUGGUUGCGACCUCUUGUAGUAUAACCUGGAUUGCUUUUCGUCUGCAAAUCUGGAUGUGAUUUGUUGUUAUUCAGUGUAAACAGAAAGAAAGAGACGAAUGCACCAAAAUCAAUAAUAAUAUGCAGUUCCAUUCUGAAGACGGAUUAGAAUUGUUGUCUAGAUUCAACGAGAAACUGCAAUCAAUUAAUCCUGAUGAAGUUUUGUUCUCUGACAUUGACAACAAGAGCGUCAUAGAAAUCGUUGGAGGUUUGUCCACUGGAAAAACCCUACUACUUUGUCAAUUUAUAGCAAAAUGUAUAUUGCCUGAACGGUAUAACGGAAUUAAAAUUAAUGGACACAACGUCCAUGCGAUACUGAUCGAUACACUUGGUCACAUCCGGAUGAGUAAAGUAGCUGAACUUAUGUCCUCCAUGAUUCGCAAUAUAGCUGAUACACAAUUAGCAGUUGACACAAUAGACUUAAUCGUGAAUAAAUCCUUAGAAAAUUUGACUGUGAUUAGUUGUUGUAACAACGAACAGCUCCAAUUAACUCUGCACAUGCUGGAGGAUGAGCUUAUUAGGAAUAAUAGAGUCGCUAUGCUAGCCAUAGAUAAUAUACUGGCGUACUAUUGGCAGGAGAGGAGAACAAAAAUUCUCAGUAUGGAUCAAUAUGCAAAAAGCUUGAUUAAACUUAUUCAACUUCGAAUGUCUCAAUUUCACAUCAUGACAAUUUACACAAAGUGGGAUGAACCAGUACAUGAACAUAAAGCGCAUCUAAAAUACACUAAUGUGUUAGAAGGGACAGAUAUAAAUUAUAGGUUACAACUUUGUAAAAAUACUGUAACUCACGAAUUUAUUGCAAACAUACAAUCCGCCAAGAACGUAAGACAGAUUCGUUAUUCAAUUUUUGACUCUGGCAUAAAGUGGAUUCUUCAAUGAUAUAAGAAUAUUAGAAGUAACAUAUUUUUAAUUAAAAAUCAAUUGAUGAUAGAAGAACAUUAUCUACUAUAUCUAACGGAUUUAACAGUUUUGUACUUGCCAUUGUUAUUUGGCAAUUGGGAUUGAAUAAUGAUAUAAUUUCUUUCGUCUCUUUUACUUCUUCUGGUGUUAUGCCACCAACGACAUAAAUAAUAAUCCAAUUAUUAUCACAUGGAUGAUGUCUCAUUCUUCCUUUU